GUUUACUACAGGUUAUUAACUAUUUUAGAUAUAUAUAUAAAUGUAUACCAAUCAAAAUAUAGGUUAACGUUUACGUUUGGGGUGAUGGGCGGGGGGUUAUAAAUAUUUUAGCCGCAUCAGGAGGAGGCAGAAGGGGAGGAGGCUGAUACCUAUGGCUGAUUAAUGUUUGGUCGCACAGGAUCUAACGAAACGGCGGUGUAACGUUAACGGACAAGUGCAAAGAUGAAGCUAACGGAAAUAGCUCUGUUGUGUCUGUCCCUUCUUUUGGUUCAUAUUCAUUUAUCAUCGGCCAAGAAAGGAGGAGGGUUUGGGAAAUUAAAUAUCUUUAAGAAGACCCCCAAAAAGAAUAAUCUGGACACUAAGUCUAAACAGCCUAAACAAACCGAACGAUUCAACCAAGGAAGCUACCCUCGGCAACCCAGCCAACCAGGAGGUUACCCAAACCAAGGGAGUUACCCAAAUCAAGGGGGUUACCCUCAGCAACCAGGCCGACCAGGGGGUUACCCAAACCAAGGAAGUUACCCUAACCAAGGAGGUUACCCGAAUCAAGGGGGUUACCCUAAUCAAGGGGGUUACCCUCAGCAACCAGGCAGACCAGGGGGUUACCCUAAUCAAGGAGGCUACCCUAAUCAAGGAGGCUACCCUAAUCAAGGGGGUUACCCUCAGCAACCAGGCAGACCAGGGGGUUACCCUAACCAAGGAGGUUACCCUAAUCAAGGGGGUUACCCUCAGCAACCAGGCAGACCAGGGGGUUACCCUAACCAAGGAGGUUACCCAAACCAAGGUGGUUACCCCCAGCAGCCAGGAUACCCAGCUGGGGGCUAUCCAGCUGGUGGUUACCCAGCGCAAGGCUACCCAUACGGAGGAGGUUAUGGCGGCUUUGGUGGCCAUGGCGGUUAUGGAGGGUAUCCAGGUGGAUACAUGAACUACAACCCAAACAACAAAGUCCUGAGUCCUCACUAUGGUGGCAGCUUUGGAUAUGGGGGUUAUGGCAGUAGGGGUGGCUCUCCCUUCUCCCACUCAGUUCAGGCAAUGGGUAUGUAUCCCUCCGAUAAAUCCAGAGGGUUUGGGCGCAGUGCCGUAAUGGCAGCAGCUGGAGGGGCUGUGGCAGGGAUGGCUCUGGGCUAUGGGCUAGGAAGAUUUCCCCGUCCUCCCUUCCAAUUUCAUAGCCCCCAGGAGGAGUAUUACUACAAUCACUACAUGUACAGGAAAUAUGGUACUAAAUCUACUGAUACCAAUGACUACAGCAGAGACUAUACGUUCAGCAAGCCCCCUGAGCCCUAUGAUCGCUUCAUGGACUCCUGCAUGAAGAGAACAGACCUUCUGCCAGCGCCAAAGAACAAACCAGCUGCCACUACUACAACUACAACUACAACUACAACCAUUACAACUACUUCUGUAGCUAACACAACUACUUCUGCAGCUAACACAACUACUUCUGUAACUAACACAACUACUGCUGCCCCAGACUCUGGCAUUGGCAAUAACACAACAAAGAGCAACAGCACUGCAGCAGAAAGCCCAACCACUGCACCUUCAACUCCACAUCCUCUUAUUAAGUCUGAAGCCAAUCCAAAGCCUCCUGCUUCACAGCCUCUCAGACAAGCUGCUACUGAUGAUGAUAAUGAUGAUACAGUCAGCAUUGUGGAGAUUGGCUAUCCAGCACUGAUUGAGCAGAUGAAGGCCAGGAAAUGUGUAGAGCUGUACAUGGUGUACUCUGAGAAGUACUUGAAGAAAAAGACAGAGUCCAGCAUCACUGAUGGGUUGCAGAGACUGGAGAUGGGCUUGCAAGGGCUCUUAGCUGUGGCCACAAGUACUACACUGAUGCUACUGAAUAGCAACAUGCUAAUGCCGCUGUACUGAGGCCUUCAGUGACAGUUAGGGUGCUUUCAGACCUAGAGUUGUCUUGCUUUGGUCGGAAUCAGGGACUAAUUUUGUCAUAAAGUUGCAUAAUUGCCUAGAGUUGGUUCGUGUUCUCACAGCAGCAUUAAC